AUGAUUUUACAAGCAUUUUGCCUGUUUCUUGCAUUCCUUCAUCAAGACACCUCCGCAUCGACCUCCGAAUGCGACUCGUCCAAACAGCUGGUCGUGGCGGUUUUACCGGAUAACGAAUACUACAAGAAUAGUUUUCCCGAUAUUGAAUAUUUCAUUGAACAAAUGGCACAAGGAACGCGCGGUUUGGACCACUUUAUUGUUUUGUACUCUGAGGACUGGGACAAUGAAUUCUACGAGCAAGGCUACGACUCCGUCUAUGGAGAAAAGCGCUCAAUCUUUGGUUUACCAUUUGGUGAUAACACAUUACGCAUUGUUUCCAACUACAACCUAGAUCUUUGGGCGAGAGAUUUCGGACUCGUGGUUCCUGCAGAACAAGUAAAAUUCACAUAUCUACCGGAAUACCUAAAGCCGAAAGAUGCGGAAUUUUCCGACGCGCAGUUCAAUGGAUUAUUAAAGAAUUUGGGUAUUAAAGUAACCCACAGUGACAUUGUGCUGGAUGGCGGGAAUGUUGUGGAUAACAACUGGGACAAAGCUAUCAUUUCGGAGAGAAUUUUAGAGGAAAAUAAAGGGAAAACCAAGCAGGAAUUGAAAAUUGCAUUAGAAAACCUGCUGAAUAUGAGUAUAGCUUUCAUUGCAGAUCCAGACGAUACGACUGGUCAUUCUGAUGGUAUUGUCUCGUUUAUCGAGGACGACGUAGUUCUCAUCGGCGACUACAACGAUCCUGAAUACUACACCGAUGUCGAGAACUCAAUCAAAACCGCCUAUCCUGAUGUUAAAAUCGUCAGACUAGGAUGCAAAGUUGCCACAUCUAGUGCGACAAGUGAUAAGAAUUGGCGUGGAUUUAGCUCUGCUGUUGGUAGCUAUGUGAAUAUCCUGGUGACCAACAACGCAGCAUAUGUACCGCAGUUUGGGAAACCAAAGUGCGACAAGAAAGCUCUCGACUUGGUCAAAGCUAAUACCGACAAAACAGUUGUACCGAUCGACACAUCCAAGCUCUCUCACAUGGGUGGAAGUGUGCGGUGCAUGACGUAUCAAGUCGAAACCUGCAAUCCAGUUGCCAAGCGCCUGCUAAAAGAAGCCCGUAGAAUGAUGAAUGGUGACUAA